AUGGCCGAUUCUGCCAACGCUCCCAAGCCCAGCAGCAGCGUCAAGCUGGUGCUUCUCGGUGAAGCUGCCGUCGGAAAGUCGUCUCUCGUGUUGCGCUUCGUUAAUAACGACUUUCAAGAAAACAAGGAGCCUACUAUUGGUGCUGCUUUCUUGACCCAGAAAUGCAAUCUCCCGACAAGGACAAUCAAGUUUGAGAUUUGGGAUACCGCUGGUCAAGAACGAUUUGCCUCCCUGGCUCCCAUGUACUAUCGAAAUGCUCAGGCCGCUCUAGUCGUCUACGAUCUCACCAAGCCCACGUCCCUCAUCAAAGCCAAGCACUGGGUCGCUGAGCUACAACGACAGGCUUCUCCCGGUAUCGUUAUCGCAUUGGUAGGCAACAAAUUGGAUCUUACGGGCGAUUCUUCCGGUACCGCAGAUGGCGAGGAAGGGGAUGAGGGUGAUGACUCUGGCGAUGCCCGCAAAGUGCCUACAGAAGAGGCGCAGGCAUACGCGGAGGAGGAGAGUUUACUUUUCUUCGAAACCAGCGCCAAGAGCGGACAUAAUGUUACUGAGGUAUUCACUGCCAUCGCAAACGCGAUACCUGAGACAUCGUUGAAGAGCGCGAGGGGAGCUGGCGCAUCAAAUGCUGCUAGCCGGGGAGGAGAAGAGCAAAGAGUGAAUCUUGGAGGUCCCAAGGACGUUGGCGCUAAGGACAGCUGCGCUUGCUAG